GCAUGACAAUCACAAUGCUACAGCCGACAAUUAAACACCGGCCACAUUCAAUUCUCACGCAUUGAUAAGAAUAAUAAUUCAAUACUGAUAAUGCCUCUGACAUGAGACAUUUAAAUUACUCGUCGCAGUAAAAUUAAAGCAAUGUCCACGAAGAUGAGGAAGCAACGUGACAGGUAGCAGACAAUAAUCUGCGACGAAGGAGUGCGGUGUGCACGGCGCGAGUGGGAGAGAAAGAGGGAGCGAGCGAGCGAGCGAGAGAAGCAUGUAUAGAGAGAUGCUGCCGAGAUUGUUGUACUUGGUCUUGCUCGUGGCUUUGGCUGGCCAAUAUGGUACCUGGGCGAGCGCUAUGCUCGAUGAAGAUCCCCACGGCUCGUCCAAUUUAUCUCAAAGGGCUGCGCGUCUCGUGCAUAGACGAUCGCUCAUGCUGCCGCAGCUGGAAACGCCGCAAGUUGGCUUGACAAUGCAGAGCCGAGCGGUGGAUAAAAGAGCCCAAUUGGAAAUAAAGGAGGGCGAGCCGAAAGGUGCGCUGGUCGGCACGAUACCCGUCAUCCAAGACUUCAGCUAUCGUUUCAACGAGCCACCCAAGGAGUUCGUCCUGGACCCGAUUACCGGCGACAUAAAAACAGCCACGGUCUUGGAUAGAGAGACCCUAACGAGCGACAGAUUCGACCUUGUCGUAUUGUCGAGUCAGCCGACCUAUCCAAUCGAAGUAAGAAUACUCAUCUUGGACAUUAACGACAAUGCCCCGGAAUUCCCGGAGUCCAGUAUAUCGGUGAGCUUCUCCGAGUCCGCGACCGCGGGCACGAAACUUCUGCUCGACGCGGCGACCGACAAAGAUACGCCGGAGAACGGAGUCGCCGAUGACUACUUCAUUGUUAACGGUAACACGGACGGCAAGUUUCGAUUAUCCGUAACGGGAAAUCCAACCGGCGAAACGUCCUACCUGCAUUUGGAGACGACCGGUAAGCUGGACAGGGAGCAGGUUGAAUAUUACUCGCUAAAUGUGUGCGCCCGGGACAGGGGAAGCCCACCGAAAUUGGGCUGCAUGCUCGUUAACGUGACGGUACUCGACGUCAACGACAAUCCCCCUGUUUUUCAACAGAGCGAUUACGUGGUUAUGCUUAACGAGAGCUCGCCGGUGGCGACGCCGGUUUUAACGGUUCACGCGAUCGACAAGGACACGGAUGACAAUGCAAAAUUAACUUAUUACUUACCGGAUAACGAGCGGCAAUUUACCAUCGAUCCCGAGAGCGGCCAGAUCGAGACGGCCGAGGUCCUGGAUUGCCCGCAACAAAGUUGCACGGCUACGCGGCCUGGCGGCGGCUGCCCCAAGAGCUGCGUUAUAACCGUGUUGGCACGGGAUCACGGCUCACCGAGGCAGGACGGCAGAACUUACGUCACCGUGAAUUUGCUGGACGCCAAUGAUCACAAUCCCGAAAUCAAGUUCACCUACUUCCCGCCCACCACCGGUUUCGCGACCGUCGACGAGAAUGCCGCCAAAGACUCGAUAGUGGCGGCCGUCGGCAUAAUCGAUAACGACGAGGGCCUUAACGGCGAGACGAGCGUCGAGAUUAAGGCUGGAAACGAAUUGGGCCACUUUCAGCUGGGCCACAACACGCAAAGCUUUCAUCUCGUUCGCGUUAACGGUCGGCUCGACAGGGAGGAAAUUUCUAAGUACAACUUGACGAUCGUCGCCUCGGACAUGGGCAGCCCGCCGCGCUCAGCCGUCGCUUAUCUUGUCAUUCAUGUUAAUGACGUCAACGAUCACGAGCCCGUGUUCCAGCGUAGCGAAUACUCAGCCGUCUUGUCGGAACUCUCGCCGAUCGGCAGUUACGUGGCGAGCAUUUCGGCCACGGACGCCGAUACCGGCUUGAACGCAAGAAUUUAUUAUGACUUCGAGUCCGGCAACGAUCAGAAUUGGUUUACGAUAGACACGAAUACGGGCCUAGUGACGACCAUCGAGAUACUGGAUAGGGAGAUACAGGGGAGCGUGGAGCUGAGGGUGUCGGCGAGGGACGGUGGACCGAAUCCGAAAUACGUUUAUACGCACCUGCGCGUCACGAUACUGGACGAGAACGACGAGGCGCCGAAAUUCUCGCAGAGCAUCGUCGAGGUUACGCUAUCGGAGAAUACGCCGGCCAAUAGCCUGGUGGCGACCCUAUCGGCCGUCGACAACGAUCAGGGCACGAACGGAAGCGUCGCCUAUAGUCUGCAUCCCAACGUAAUCAGGGACUACACGAGGAAGUUCUCCUUGGACGCUUUAACCGGCCAAUUAAUGACGAAAGUCACGCUCGAUAGGGAGAGCCUCGAGGAGUAUAGGGUGCUGAUAGUGGCGAGGGAUCAGGGCACGCCACCUCAGAGCUCGACCGCGACGGUCCUAUUGACGCUCGAGGACGUGAACGACAAUGCCCCCAUAUUUUAUCCAAUCAAUUAUUUUUUCCCGUUGCCGCGGGACGCAGCGCCAGGUACCCUCGUUGGCAGAGUAUUUGCCAGCGACGCCGACGCGAAAGAAAACGCGCAGAUACGCUACGCCCUGGAGUCGGGGGGCGAGGGCCUAUUCGCCGUCGACGAGCGUACCGGGGAAAUAUUUCUCCAGGGCGCCAUGAGGCAGGCCCACAAGAUCUUGUUCGAAUUGACGAUAUCGGCCAAGGACACGGGCGACAAAUCGGCCGUGAAAAACUCGAUCGUCGAAAUCCUGCGCGAGGAGAGCCUCGAGCACCUCGAGUUUUCAACCUACAACGGCUAUCAGUAUAAAAUUGUCGAGAAUCCGGGGGAUAUCCUGGACAAUAAAGGCCCCUCGUCGAUCAGCCGUGACAUCGGCUCCGUUCAAAUCAUCUCCUCAUACGGGAGCGCCAAGGUCACUUACGCUAUCGUCUACGGCGAUCCGGUGGGCAAUUUCAAAAUUAACGAAUUCACGGGCCUAAUUAGCACAGCUGGUAGGCUCGAUCGCGAGGAGUCAGCCCAUUACAGUCUCCAAGUGUCCGCGCGGGCCCACCUCGCCUACGGCCUCACCACCGUCAAUAUCACAAUCCUCGAUAUUAAUGAUAAUCCGCCGAGGUUCCCGGCCGAGGAGCGCGAGGAGGAGGUACUCUUAAAAGAGUACGCUGCGGUAGGGCAGGAGGCCUGCCUCGCUCGGGCACGCGAUAAGGACGCCGGGGCGAACGCGCGCCUAACCUACACCCUCACGCAAAAUCCCGGCGAGCAAUUUCGCAUUGCCGAGAACUCGGGGAUCAUUUAUUUGAGCAAGCCGAUAAAGUCGACGCCCGGCACGGUCCUGCACCUCGAGGUCACGGCCACGGAUUCGGGAGCCGAGUCACGGCUCUCGGCCACCCAGCUCAUACGCGUAAUAAUCGAGGACGUGAACGAUCACACGCCCGUAUUCAAGUUGACCAGCUACGAGACGUCCUUGGCGGAGUCGACGCCCGUGAACGAGCGCUUUUACGCCCUCGUCGCCACGGACAGGGACCUCAGCCGUAAUGGGAGGAUUUUUUAUAAGGUCGUGGAUGGCAAUGCCGAGGGGCGUUUUGGCAUUUUUCCCGAUGGCCAGCUCUACGUGAAAAAUGUUCUCGACCGCGAGGAGCAGGACUAUUAUGCCCUCGAAGUCGUGGCGAGCGACCAGGGCUGCCCGAGACGUAGCUCGACCGUCUCCGUGGUCGUGCACAUUAUCGACGAGAACGACAAUGCCCCGGAAUUCAGCAAUUCGAGCUUCACGUUUCACUUGCGGGAGAACGAGCCGGCGGACAGCUUCGUCGGCAAGUUGCUCGCGAGCGAUCGCGACGUUGGCAGAAACGCCGAUCUCACCUUCUCCUUACCGACAACGCAGCAAGACUUCGCGGUCGAUCCGCGCAAUGGCUUUAUCAGGUCGUUACGACCCUUCGACAGGGAGCAGCUCGUCGCCGAAAGCGGCGGGAAUUUCAUUAGCCUUGAGGCCAGUGUGAUCGACAAUGGUCUGACGCGGCUUAGGGACCGAGUCAAGGUCAGCGUCUACAUAACCGACGUUAACGACAAUACGCCCAUGUUCAAGCGAUUGCCGUACAAAGUUCAGGUGAGCGAGGCCGCGCCCGUAGGCACCCAGCUACUGCGCGUCUACACGACGGACGCGGACGAGGGCCUUAACGGCGACGUAUUUUAUACGCUGGCGAAGGAGCAGGACGAGGGGCAAUUUACGAUCGACGAGGCGACCGGACAGAUAUCCCUGGCGAGGGGCCUCGACCGCGAGACACGAGACAAUUAUCAUCUGUGGGUCGUGGCGCACGACGCGGGCUUGGAGAGCCGGCUGUCGUCGAGUGCGAUUGUCCACGUGGAGGUGCUCGACGAGAACGACAACGUGCCCCGCUUCGUCGAUAGCAGGCCGAAAAUAUCGAUCCCCGAGACGACGGCCGUGAACGUCGAGCUGCUGAGGUUCCGGGCCACGGAUAAGGACCUCGGGCCGAAUAGCGAGCUCGCCUACGCAAUCACCGCGGGCAAUAGACGCGACGCGUUUCACGUCGAUUCCACGACCGGAGCGCUCUAUCUGCGAAAGCCCCUGGAUUACGAGGAGCUCGAGACCUAUCGCUUGAACAUCACCUGCAGCGACGCCGGUCACCCACGACUGAGUAGCGUAAUAACUCUGCGCGUCGACGUAAUCGACACCAAUGACAAUCCGCCCGUUUUUCCAAACACCGCGAUAGUCCGUCAAAUUCUCGAGGGCAUUCCCGUGCACAGGCCGGUCGUCACCGUGACCGCCGAGGAUCCGGAUUCCGGUGAUAACGGCGUCGUUACGUACAGCAUCGCCAGCCAGGACCCUGAGGAUCAGAAGCGCCGAUUCGGCAUCAAUCCGACGACGGGAGUGAUUCACACUCUCUUGCCGAUCGAUCGCGAGGAAAUCGACACCUUCAAAUUGGUCGUCGUCGCGUCCGACAUGGCCCAGCCCCACUCGGCCCGACUCUCCGCUGAGAAACUCGUCAUCGUCAUCGUCACCGACGUCAACGACAAUGCCCCCCUCUUCGUCAGCAUGUCCGCGGCAAUAUUGCCGAUUAAGAGCAGCAUCGCCUAUCAGCCGGGCGUCGAGCUCGAGGUCGCCCAGCUCAGGGCAAGGGAUUUGGACUCGAGCACUAACGGCCUCGUCACCUACGAGCUACUACGUUUGGGCGCCAAUUACACGGAUAUGCUCAGGAUACAUCGUAACAGUGGAAUUUUGACGCUGAGGCUGCCACGCUCGUCCCACACAUUCGAAAGGAUCUCGAAGCUCCAGGUGGGCGUGAGGGCGACCGACGAGGCCGUCCAGGCCGAGCGGCGAUCGUCCGAGGCGUACGUGACGUUAAUAUUGCCGGGCGAGGGUGACGAUUCGCCGAUUUGGGAGCACGGUGGGCGAUUGGAGGGUAACGUUUACGAGAACGAGGUCGCGGGCACGAGUGUUUUGCGGGUUAGCGCGAGGAGCCGGCGAUCGAACGAGGAGCUGGAAUAUUAUGUGACGAAUGUGACGGCUGGCGAGAGCGGACAGCAGGCUGACAAACUGUUCGACGUCGAUGCGAAAACGGGAGUGUUAUCGACGGCCGCAGCUCUCGACCGGGAGACCAGAGUCGAGUGGUACGAGGUGGAGAUUUAUGCGAUUGUGACCGGCGGUGGGAAGCCGAGUACAUCAUCGACUAAGGUAAGAGCCACUUGA